AUGUCAAAAGUGCCCUUUGGGGUUAAGGACUGUGGGAAGACGUGUUCAUCAGAUGGGGUUCAAGUGAUGUAUGAAGAAAGACUGAAGGAGAAACCACAACUAAAGUGGAAUCCAAAAGGAAAGGGUUUUUCAUGUGAGGUGUCUGGCAAGGAAGUGUCUCAAAAGAGUCACAUCAACUUUAACAUGGGAGUCCACACAAAGGAAAAGCCAUACAACUGCGAGAUUUGCAAAAAGACAUUCCCAUCCAAAAGCGAUCUAGGAAAACAUGUUGAUGUACACACAGAGGGGAAGCCAUACAACUGUGAGAUUGAAACAAGGCCUUUCCAUAUAAAUCUAGUUUUUUAA